UAGUCACGCGCGCGCGCCGCUUCACCGCCGUCCCCGAGAAUUUCACCCAAAAAUUGGAGUCGCAUGGGGGACGCCGGAAAGAGGCAAAAACCCUAGGCGAAAUGAACCACCUCGCGCGACGAGCGUCCUCCAUCCUGCAGCGGCCGAGCUGGGCUUCCUGCGGCGGCGGCGGCGGCGGCGGCCACCUUAACCACCAGCAGUCGCGGGGGAUCCGAGUGAAGGUCCUGAAUGGCAACCUCGAGCAGGCCCUCGGCUUCAUGCAGCGGACGAUGCAGUCGAGCGGGAUCGAGCGCCUGAUCAAGCGCGAGCAGACGCACCACCUCAAGAACUCCGAGAAGCGCGUCCUGGCCCGCAAGCUCCUCGAGCGCAAGAUCCGGUCCCAGGACCUCGCUCGCAAGCUCAAGGCCAUCCUCAUCAAGAAAGUCAGGGGUCUAUAGGAGUGUUAUGCAGCAGUUUGUUACCAUACGUGAGGACUCAAUUUUCUCAGCUUCGCGAUAUGUAGAUCUCUUCAAUUAAAGGAUUCUAUGAAAGAACAUUUUUGUUACAAUAAUGUCAGCAAUGAAAUUUUCAUUUGAUGGAUUGUUGGAUUUGUUGCUUGAUACGCAUAUGUCUUGUUGUCAUGGUUAUUUGUGGACCAUUCAUAAGCUGGAGUUUCUUGACGAUGUGAGGAUUUGUAUGGACUGAGAUGAAUUUGCCA